AUGCAGAAACCUGAUCCCAAGACUAAAUUUGAACAGUCAACCAAGGAAGAGGAAGUUUUUGGUGGAGAGCAGGUGAACUCCAGUGACAGUGAUUAUCCUUUGGAUGGAUCUGUUGGGACCCAGAGCAUCCAUGUUAAUGCCUUGCGGGGUAUAGUCAGCAUCAGAGACAACAAUGUUUUGAGUGAAUGGGAUGGAAUCUUGGACUACAAGAAUGCUCUUUUGGUGACUAAACUGUUUAGCAAGAUGGCCUGUGUCCUGACCAAGAUGGACCAAGAUACCUUUCCAACUCUGGAUGACUUUAGGAAAGCCCUGUACAAGCAGGAUAUAAAACAUUCCCCUUCCACUCGUGGUUUGACCUACACUGUGUUGCCCACUCGGGUCAAGAACCUUGCCCAGUAUGGAAUGGCCAUCAAGGACAUGUGCAGAGAGGUCCCCACCUACUUUGCCCACCAACACAAAGAAGGUGCUGCCCUGGCAAUUGACCCUGAUUCCUGUUUCGAGCUCCACCUUCUGUCCUUUAUGGGACUCUCUAUCUGUGGUGAGAUCUCUGGGCUCUGA